CUUAAUACCUUUUAAACCACUUUCAGUUCAUUCUGUCUCAAUAGCUGGUUUUGCUUUGCUUGCUCGUUUAAACCCUUAAUUACUUGACCCUUUUAUUUGCUUCCCUUAAUUAACUUUGUCUCCUAUAUUUCUCUCUUUGCUCAGCUCAAUUCUCUCCAUGGCCUCCAUCCAGGAUGAAGCACCCACCAAAGAGGUGAGUGACGACCAAGUCGAAAAACCAACUCAGGAAACCGCUGUUAUUGAAGAAAAGCCUGCGACGAGCGAAGAAGCUGAAGUUGUAGUGCAUGACGAUGAAGAAGAAGAAGAAGCAAUACACAAUGAAGUGAAAGAAGAAGAUGGAGAGGAAGAUUUUGCGGGGUCACCAAUUAUGGGCGAGAGUGAACCAACACUUACUUUUGAUGAAGAAGGAGAAGCAGAAAUCGAAGAAGGUGACAUGAUUUAGGAGAGAAGAAGAAAGAAAAAAUAAUAGUACCCUUUUCUUCAAUUAAAAAUCAACUAAGGUUGUUGUUAUUUCAGUUUCAUUAUAUUAAGGUUUGUGUGUGUGUGUGUUUUAUGCUUUCCUCUGCUUGUUUUGGCUUGGAAAGGCAAAUAAAAAAUAUUUUGCAAAUAUAUAAAUUUUGUUUGUAUGCCUUCUGUUA